CUCGAAAGAGAAAAAUAGGGAAUUGUUCUUCUCUCUCCAUCUCACACGCUGUCUCGCUCUUCCAUUUACUUUAUAGAGUGGGACUGCAGGAAAUCGAGAAACUCAAUCAUCGAACCAAAUUAACUCAAUCGAGUCUGAACUAAAACCUGUGGAUUGAAGAUAAACAAGAACUUCGAAUUUAUCGACUAUCGACAGCAAAGCUCGAACAGAUUCCGAUAGAGCAGUAGAAGAUUGAAGCUAUUGGCCACUGGAAAAGAAACCGCUCUCAAUCGCUGUACUUCCUCCGCUACUCCCUCGAUAAUUUAAAUGGGUACAGAAAACGAUGCAGUGUGCUCUUGAAAGAAGAAUUAGCGAUCUUCAGAAAAUUCCAGACAAAGGAAAGGAGUUAUUAGAAGUUAGAUUUCAGGAAGACAAUUGCUCCAGAAGAAUUAAGGAUUCCGAAGUUUCUUCUCUUGCAUGGAGGAACUUCUUUGAUUACAGAUGUGCCGUUCUCAGUUUUCUUACACUUGAAUCUGAUGGACCCUGGAAAAUUGUUGCACCACCACUGCAAUACCUAGAUUGCUUGCAUGCGAGCUGUCUGCCUCAAAUGAAUCAGUUUGCAGCUGAGAGAAAAUUGGUGCAAAAAGGCCCUGCCUCUAAUGGUACAUAUUCAAUCAAUUCAUUCAGAUGUAGAAGCUUGCUGGAGUCGAAUAAAAAGUUAUUGGAUAGUAAAGCAAUCAAGUCGUUGAAUGAACUCUCUGGCAAGUUCUCUUGCAGGAGUUCAUGCUCCAGCUCUGCUCUGAUUUCAAGUGACUCUAGUGCAAUCUCUGACAUCCCCAUUGGUGGAGCUAAAAUGCAUAGAUAUGGGAAGAAAAAUCCCAGAAAGAAGGCAAAAAAGAAAGGAAUCGAAUGUAAGAAGAUAUCUUGUGAUUUUGUCUGUGCUGAAACAGAAGUCUCAUCUGAGGAUUCUGCCCGUGGAAGUUUAUUGUUAGAAGCUUGCGGCAAUAAUGAUUUGAAUCCUGGAGAUGGUUCUGUUUCUUGUUCAACUGCACAAGAAACUUUCCUGCCAGAUAUUAGGGCCAGUAAAAAUUAUUUUGAUGGAAAUUCUGAGAGGAUUAUUCAGCCACUUGGAACCGUACAUUCAAUAUCCUCUGAAACUGUUGAGGGGGAUGCAUCUCAGGUUCUACCUUCUGCAACACAGAAUCUUAGUGGGAAUUAUAAUGUGUGUGGAUCUGAAAAUCAGCCUCUAGUCAAAGUAACUGGUUGCUCUCAUUUCGAUGGGGGAGUUGAUCCAAGAGAGAGGUUGUUUGUUGGCUGUUGCGGUGAUUUUCGCUCUAAGGGCUUUUCUGACAAUAAUUCCUCAGAGUCUCAAUGUGUUAGUUCAAACAGUGACUAUGAUGGUCUCAACUUGAAAUUAAAUGAAAAGGAAAGUUUUGGAGUUGGUCUACUGGAAGAAAAAAAUUCCCCCUCUAGAGAGAAUUAUUGUUCUCGUCAUAUCUCGGUAAGAGAUGAAGUAGAUGUAAAUGCUGAAGUGGAGAGAGCUAAGCAUGGUAUUCAGGGAUGUACUAAUAGUGAAACUCGUUUGGUUUUACCUGGAAAGAAAACUAAACAAAAUAAAAAAUUGACUGGGAGUUCUAAGAUCAAUAGAUUUGGAAUUGUGGGAAAUUCACAAAGGCGUACAGGGAAGGAAAACAAUCAUACUGUCUGGCAAAAGGUUCAAAAGAAUAAUAGCGGUGGAUGUUGUGCACAGUUGGACCAGGUAAGUCCUAUCUGCAAACAGUUUAAAGGCAAUUGUAAACCUGUUGGCGUGCAAAUUCCAAAGGUUAAGGAUAGAAAAACUGGGAACAGAAAACAGCUGAAAGACAAAAGUUCCAGGAAGUUAAGAAGAAAAAAUACUUCAGUACAAGAUAAGAUCUAUCGUCCUUGUAAGAGCGGUAUUGGUAAUAAUACCAGUUCAAUGGUUGACAAACAACCAAAUGAAAGGUUGGAUAUUCCAUCUAUGGGCUUUGAUAUAAGAAGAUUAAAUAGUGCUUCAAAAUCUCAGCUUCAGAAUGAUAAUACUGGUAAAUGCUUGACUUCUGAAUCAUUUGAAAGCACACAGGCUUGUCUAGAUGGAUUGAUGUCAGAUGAACUUGUCUCCGAUGGUUUGAAUAGUCAAAGAGUAGAGAAUGAGUACAGCUCAUCAUCAAGGUCAUGCAACUCCUUAGAUCAGUCAAAUCUGUUAGAGGUUCAUUCUCCUAUUUACCUUCCUCAUCUUUUCUUUCAGAGAAUUGAUCAAGUAACACAAGGAAGUUCUCUUGCUGAACACAGCAAGCACAACAACCAUUCCAGAUCACCUCUUCAAAACUGGGUUCCAAGUGGGGCAGAGGGUUCCAGAUUAACCACCUUGGCCGGACCUGAUUCUUCAUCUCUUAAAUAUGUAAAUAAGCUACCUGCUGAGUUAGGGACUUCAGAAGAAUCAAUUCAAGAAAGAGUCGUUUGUGACUUACAAGAUCCUGUUUCUGUUGUAACUGAAGUGAGUAAGAGUUCUAGAGAUGGGAAUCAUGGUCCUCUAGAAGAUGAAUGUGAGGUGCAGAAGAUGUGUGAUCAUGAUAUAACCACACUACAGGACCAUAGUUGUGAGCUCGAUAUGGAUGAACAUUUUAAUUGCAAAUCCUCAUGUGAAGAUGCAUCUAAAAUGGAACAGGCAGUGAAUAAUGCAUGUAGGGUGCAAUUGGCAUCUGAGGCUGUUCAAAUGGAAACUGGUUGUCCAAUUGCGGAGUUCGAAACAUUCCUUCAUCUGUCCUCUCCAGUUAUCAGCCAGAGACCCAAGUUAAAAAGUUGUAAAAUUUGCCCAAGAAAUCUGCUAGGUGAUGCAAUUCUGUGUAGCCAUGAGAUUCCCAACAUUUCUUUAGGUUGCCUGUGGCAAUGGUAUGAAAAGCAUGGUAGCUAUGGUUUGGAAAUAAAGGCCAAGGGUAAUGAAAAUGCAAAUAGAUUUAGUUAUGAUAAUUCUGCAUUCCUAGCGUAUUUUGUUCCGUUUCUUUCAGCUGUUCAGCUAUUUAAGAGCCAUAAAACUCAUGCUGGGACAACUGCCAAUCCUGCGGGAUUAGAUUCAUGUGUAAGGAAUAUAAAAAUUAAGGAGCCCUCCACUUGUCAUCUUCCAAUAUUUUCAGUUCUUUUUCCCAAGCCUCAUACAGAUGAUGCAAGCAUUCCGCUGGUUAGUAGCCAGUUUCAUAGUUCAGAGCAACCUUUGGCUUCUGAGAAGACGAAAAUUUCUGAACAAUCAGUUGACUUAAAAUUAUCUGGAGAAUCAGAACUUGUUUUUGAAUAUUUUGAAGUGGAACCACCUCAGCAGAGAAGGCCAUUAUUUGAUAAGAUACAGCAGCUGGUCGGGGGAGAUGGACGUCUGCAAGGAAAAAUAUAUGGGGAUCCGACCAUGCUCAACUCCAUAACUUUGAAUGAUCUGCAUGCUAGAUCGUGGUACUCAGUGGCAUGGUAUCCCAUUUAUAGGAUACCAGAUGGCAACCUUCGAGCUGCGUUUCUGACUUACCAUUCACUAGGACAUUUUGUUUGUAGAACUUCUCAACUAAACUCCUCAGAUACAGAUUCUUGUCUAGUAUGUCCAGUUGUGGGUCUUCAAAGUUAUAAUGCACAGAAUGAAUGUUGGUUCGAGCCAAGAAAUGGUACGUCUGGGUUUGCGUUUAAUGUAGAUCCUCCUGGAAUCCUUGAAGAACGCUUGAGGACGCUGGAAGAGACUGCAUCUCUCAUGGCCAGAGCCAUUGUUAAGAAAGGAAAUCUGAACUCCGAAAACACGCAUCCAGAUUAUGAGUUCUUCCUCUCACGGCGACGCUAGGUACAUAACCAGAAGUUCCAUGCUUAGAACUUAUCAAGGAGUUUCUUUCCUGAUAUCAAUAUUCUUGAGAAUUUAGUUUAGAAUAGGACCUUACCUCAAGUAGGAUGUAAGAGCAGCUGAUCUUAGUUUAUCUUUACACAAUGUUUUGUUCCUUCUUGUGUGGUACCCUAACUCUUCAGGCAGUUCAGCUUCUUCCAUCUUAUAUAUUGGUUUAUACCCAA